AUGAAGAGCAUGCGAGGUUUGAUGCACACAACCAGUGUCCAAACAACGCAUGAAAACAAGACUGCCUUUGCUACAACUUCUAUCGCUGGACACAAAAGGAGCUUUUCGACUACAGGGGAUGAAUAUAGAACAGCUCCGCCUGCAUCUCGUACCACAGUUCAAUUCCAAAGAGCCUCCAGCCUUCCCUCAGCUCCUCCUAGAAUCUCGGCGAGCCGCAUUGUUCGUCUAGACGAGCGAGUCGGGCCCUCUGAAUAUUCUCAGAGAGUAGCUAUAGCUGCAACCCCUACUGCUUCUCGUGACCCCGAGCUUGAUUUAAGCCAUCCUUCAUAUGAAUUACCACGGCAAAUGGUUGAUAAUUUUGCUUCGCUUGGCAUAAAACAAAUAUAUCCAUGGCAGAAAUCGUGCCUCAAAGGGCCCGGACUCCUGACAGGGGAGAAAAACCUGGUAUAUUGUGCUCCGACCGGUGGUGGCAAAUCCCUUGUGGCUGAUGUGCUUAUGCUCAAGAGAAUAUUACAAGAAAAGGGGACAAAAGCCCUCCUUGUAUUGCCAUAUGUUGCAUUAGUUCAAGAGAAAGUUCGCUGGCUUCGUAAUGUGGUACAAGGGUUACGCUUUACUCCUGAUACAGCUAUCGAUGAUGACAAGCGCAUCUGGCGUCGACGGGCUGAUGAAAAUACAGUCCGUGUCGUGGGUUUCUUUGGAGGUGGGAAACUUCGAGCGACUUGGGCCGACUUUGACAUCGGUGUAUGCACACUAGAGAAGGCAAAUGCACUCGUGAAUACGGCUAUUGAUGAUUGCUCCAUCUCUAAACUUCGCGCGGUUGUGCUCGAUGAGCUACAUAUGAUUGAUGAUGAUCACCGAGGGUAUCUACUGGAACUCAUGGCGACCAAAUUGCUCAGCCUUGAACAGCCUGUGCAAAUCGUUGGCAUGAGUGCUACUCUUCCGAACAUGGACAUGAUGGCUAAGUGGAUCAAUGGACACUGUUACGAAACUCGGUAUCGACCAGUUCCUAUUGAGGAACAUCUCGUGUAUGACAGCAAUAUUUAUCCCGCAGGGUCUACAAGCAGUCUCAUCAAGACAGCAGCACAGCUCAAUAGUCGAACUACACAAACACAGGCACAGACGAAACCCAUUCGACGGAUCGAGCCUUCUACUCACAAGGAACUGCGCGACCCAGUGCUAAAUGCGGUAGUGACAUUGGCUUGCGAAACUGCUAUUGCUGGCUUCGGAGCCCUUGUUUUUGCUGGGAGUCGUGAUAUGUGCGAGUCGGAUGCACGGUGGAUUAGUCGAGCCAUGCCUGCACCGCACGAACUUAGGAUUGAUGUUGUGGACAGAAGAAUGGAUCUACUAGGAGAGCUACGAAGUCUCAACACUGGACUUGAUCCGGCGUUAGAAGAGACUGUACUUUAUGGCGUCGCCUUUCACCUCAACUUUAAGAGGGAUCUCGUCGCGGCGGCGUACGAUGCUGGAACAUUGCUCGUUUGCGUCGCCACAUGUAGUCUGGCGGCUGCAAGAAGAGUGAUUCUUCACAACUGCCGAAUGGGCCGGGACUUUGUCGGUCCAUCUAUGCUAAGACAAAUGCGAGGGCGUGCAGGAAGACAAGGCAAGGCACCCAUUGGCGAAACAUACCUUUGCUGUCGAGAGAACGAUCUCGAGCAGGUUGUGGAGCUCAUGAACGCCGAGUUGCCCCCGGUCGCGAGCUGCUUGAACACUGAGAACCGACGUAUUCAACGUGCUCUGCUGGAGGUUAUAUCUAUUCGUCUGGCAACAAGCUAUGAGGCUAUCUCGGAUUACUUCUCGAAAUCACUAUUGAGCCACACUCAUGACGCCCAGUUUGUCAAGAAAUGCAUAGCCUCAAGCCUAGAGGAAAUAGAAUCCAUGGGCUUCGUCACUCAAGACUCUUUAUCGAUGUUCACAGCGACACAAUUAGGGAGGGCAAUUGUGGCCUCGGCCAUCGACCCGGAUGACGGUGUGUUCGUCCAUGAUGAACUUAGCCGAGCUCUCCAGGCGUUUGUCAUGGAUGGCGAAAUGCACAUCUUAUACACAUUUACCCCUGUGCAAGAGUCUGGCAUCAUGGUAAACUGGCAGGUAUUCCGAAAUGAAAUGGAAGGCUUAGAUGAGAGUGGUUUGCGGGUUUUGCGCCUUCUAGGUAUUAAGCCUACGACAAUUCUCAAGUUGGCUCAAGGGGCCACGCUUCGAGAAACCACGCCAGAAGAGAAGCAGAUCGCUCGAGUGCAUCGACGCUUCUACCUGGCUCUUCAGUUACGUGAUCUUUGUAAUGAGGUGCCCAUCUAUGUUGUAGCACGCAAAUAUGACGUCCCUCGUGGAAUGGUCCAAAACCUUUCACAGACUUGUCAGGGUUUUGCUGCUGGAAUGAUCAAGUUCUGUGAACAAAUGAGCUGGGGAGUGAUGGCCGCAGCUCUUGACCAUUUUUCUGAUCGACUCGUGGCUGGUGCAAGAGCUGACCUGCUAGCUUUGGCGAAGAUUCCCUUCAUCAAAAGCCGGACAGCACGCGUAUUCUGGGAGAACGGUUUUCGUACAGUAGCAACAAUCGCAAAUGCAGAUCCUACAGAGCUGCUGCCCAUAUUGAUGCAGGCACAACCUAAUAAAAUCCGUCUCAAAGGAAAGGACAACGAGAAAUAUGAAGAGAAGCUACUCGUCAAGGCAAAGGUCAUAGCUGACGCCGCAAGCAAGAUCUGGAAAGUGCAAAUGCAGGCGGAGAUAGACGAGGAGUAG